CUCAUCAAUUGAUGAAACGUGCAAUCAAUAUAAGGAAUCAAUGUUUUACCAACAUGAUGAUGUGGAAAACAUAUCUAAAAGAGGAAAUGUAAAGCAGACUUUGUCUUUGAAGCUAUUUAAAGAACUUAAUUCGAAUAAGUUAGAAGUUGGUGGGUCUCUUCAUGAAAAAUAUGAAGAUGAACUCGAGAAGAAAUGUAGCAAAUCCAUACCCUAUGGAGCCUCUCAACGUACAACUAAAACUAGUUUAUUAAGAGACUCAAAGAUGAAUGUCGUGCUCUCUAAAUUUCCCUGA